AUGCAUGCAUACAACAUUUCAUUGCUUAAAGAGAAUCGCCACUGGCCACAGGUUUAUUUCUUUAUUGACCAUGUCCCCAGGUUUCCUAACAACUGUUUUGGUUUCCUCUACAACCGAGUGACCACUCAGUGUGUACCUACAUCUGGACUUAGUCCGUACUGGACACCUCCUACUGUAGACGAAGGAUCCUUCUACUUUCAAGAUGUGUGCAACGCGUAUCCUUACUUCAAGCAAAGAACUGCAGGCUACAACACUUUAACAGUAGGCUGGUUCAGUAACCCCCUCAACUACAGUCAGGCUGGCAGGUCCUGUGCGUGUUUGAACGCUCGCCUAUUCGUAGCCAACGAAACCAACAGGCUGCUUAUCUACCAGGCUGAAUCUUUUGGUGUCACUUCCGCCUGGUUAGGUCUGGAUGACAUCAUCUCAGAGAAUACUUUUAUUUGGGCUGACGGACAACCGCUGAGCAGUUAUAUGACACCACAAAUAUUUAAUUUACUUAUACCAGAUAUCGGCACUAGCAAUAAAGAUUGUGUAGCCAGGAAUUCUUUUGACAAUUUCUUUUCAGAAACUGAUUGCUCCGAAAAACUUGCAUAUAUUUGUGAGAAACCCAUGUGUGAGAUUAUUAAUUAA